UGUGGACAUUGAACUGACAUGUGUCUGUGAUGUAACUGCUCAGUCUGUGUGUCACAAUCCCAAGGGAGCAGCCAUGUGUGUGUCAGUUGCACUUUAUGUCGGGUUUUAUGUUUUAACGUCGGCUGCAGGUCGAACCGAGUCCGCUCCCGGAUCCUCGUACGUCGCGGCCGUGUACGAGCAUCACGUGGUCCUGAACCCGGAGCCUCGGGUUCCGCUGUCCCGACCCGAGGCUCUGCGACAUGUGGAGAAGAACCUGCAGAUCUACGAGGAGCAGAGUGAGAGAGCUGCCCUGCAGGGGGCCCAGAUCCUAGUGUUUCCAGAGGACGGCCUUCAGGGUUUCAACUUCAGCCGAUCGUCCAUCGCUGGUUACCUGGAAACCAUUCCUGACCCCCAGCAGGAGAACUGGAAUCCCUGCACAGAGCCGGGCAGACACAACAACACUGAGAUCCUCCAGAGCCUGAGCUGUAUGGCGCGUCGGUACAACCUCUAUCUGGUGGCCAACAUGGCUGACCUGCAGCCUUGCCCCCUGUCGACCAGCCCUUCCUCCCCCUGUCCGCCUGAUGGUCACUGGCAGUUCAACACCAAUGUGGUUUUCAGGUCUGAUGGGCAGCUGGUGGCACGCUACCAUAAACACAACCUCUACUUUGAGGACGCCUUUGACUCUCCACCGCAGCCGGAGAUCAUAACAUUUGAAACCCCGUUCGCCGGGACGUUCGGCCUCCUCAUCUGCUUUGACAUCCUGUUCAAGGAACCCACAGUCACCCUGUUGGAGAGGGGUGUGCGUCAGCUGAUCUACCCCACAGCCUGGAUGAACCAGCGCCCCCUGCUGGACACGAUCCAGUUCCAGCAGGCAUUCAGCCUGGGUGCCAACGUCACCCUGCUGGCGUCCAACCACCGCCACGACUAUCUAAUUAUGACGGGAAGCGGUAUCUACACGCCGUUUUCUGCCACCUACCACCACGCACAGAGAGGAGAUCCAGAGGAGGGCAGGCUGCUGGUGGCCAGGGUGCCGGUGUUGGACCCACUGGGUGCAGGGCCCAGUGUGACACAAGAGGAGGGGGGAGUCAGGGAUGAGUCCACAUCAUCUGCAGAUACAGACUCAGGAUACUGUCACCGAGACAGCUGUCUUGAUUCUUCUCAUCCUGAAACAACCUCUGCUGUCUCUCCCUCCUCCGUCACCUUCACCUCAUCCAUGAUGUACGAUCCGUUCACAUUCGUCCUCCUGAACAAGACAGAGGGCAAACUUGACGUGUGUCAGGGCCCUGUCUGCUGUCACCUGCAGUACAGGCAGUCACAACAACAGGGCGGCACUCAAGAGCUCUAUGCACUGGGGGCAUUUGCUGGCACACACACUGUGAAUGGACGCUACGCCCUGCAGGUGUGCGCGUUGGUGCGCUGUGCAGGGUUGGAGUCCAGCUCCUGCGGACAGGAAGUGGAAGAGGCCGAGACUAAAAUGGACUUCCUGUUGGAGGGGACGUUUGGGACCAGACAUGUGUAUCCAUCCAUAUUGGCGAGUCGUCACGUUCUGGAGCAGCCGGAGCAGCUGGAGAAGACGGCAGAGGGCAGAGUGACCAUGAAGCAUUCCAACAUGACAGGAGGCCUCAUCACGGCCUGUCUGUACGGACGCAUGUACCACCUGGACAACCAAUGAACUACAGCUACAGGGAUUCGUUGGUGAACAGAGAAUUAACUCACUGGAAUGAUUGUUCGUCAUUUUAAGGCAAAAUUGCCAAAGAUGAUCUUUGCUGCUCCAAUGUGCGAAUUUGAUGUUUUAUACGCCCUUUGGACAUGAUUUUAAAGUGAAUAUAUUUUAGUUUUAUACUGAUGGUUGAAGAGAUCAAGACACUUGAGGUGGUCAGAUUGAGCUGCGGGAAAUUAUGGAGGGAAGUAAACAAUUUUUACCAAUUUUACGAUCAAUGUUUAAACCAGAACGGGACCCAGUAGAGUGCGUUCCUUUUUUCAAUUCAAACUAGCGGCACCAAAUUUCACAAACCCAAAUACCAGUUCCAUAAAUGUGUUUGAUUCUUUUCACCAAGAUCUAUGAAUUAAAACAAAAGCGCCCUAUCUCAAAAUGUUAAAGAACCUGAUAGAAAACCUUUCUGCAUUCGACCCCUGAUCCAGAUCCAUACCAAACUUUUAUGGGUUAUUUUCCAACUCAUGUCAAGUUCUUCCACAAAAUGUUGCGAUUAUAUGUUCAGUAGUUUUUAAACGUAAUCUUGUUUACAAACAAACCAACCAACAAAUGAACAAGGGUGAGAACAACCUCCCUGGUGGAGGAGAUGGAAUACGCUUAAAAAUAGAAUUUUUAAGUUGUCAUCAACACUUGUACUGACAACUGCGCUGCUACGUUUUCGUACAAACUGCAAUAAAUCAAAAACAAAUAUCUUUA